AUGGCAGAAGAUAAGAUUGGGGUUCCCCAUUUUGAUAAGUUAGAUGAUUAUGUAUCGGCCUGUGAGACUGCAGAGGACAUGUGGAUCAGUUUGUUGUCGGUAUAUGAACGAAAAGAUACAGCCAGUAAGAUGUGUGCGAUCCAAUCGUUUCAUAAGUACAAGUUUGAUGGUGGAGGUAUGGCGAGUCAUAUUGCAAAAAUUGAGAAUCUGGCCAAGCAAUGUAAACUUCAAUCACAUACCAUUGACGAUACAACGCUAAUGUGUAAGAUCGUGAGGCGCGAAUUGAGGGCGAACAAAGAACCUCUAGAAGCUUUGGUGGUGAGUAAAAAGUCAGUUGGUAAAGUAGAAAAGAAGAUUGCUAAUGGUGAAAGGCAGAAGAGAAAUGUGAAGUGUUACAAAUGUCAAAAUUUUGAACACUUUGCUCGUGAGUGGCGUUCAAAGAAGAAGCACUAUGAUCGUCAUUUCAACUCUGGUGGAGUAACGUUUAAUGUUGAAGAGGGUGUUAUUUUGUCCGCAAACUCCGAUGACGCUUGGUUGGCGGACAGUGGCGCUUCAUUCCACAUGACAUCCCAUCGUGAAUGGUUUAGUAAAUUUAAAUUAGUAUCGCAAGCAAUGAAUUUACCAGAUAAGUCAGUGAUUGAAGUUAAAGGAGAAGGUGCUGUUCCAAUUGAAGUAUAUUUAAAUGGUAAAUUUAACAAGGCCACGCUUACAAAUGUAAAGUUUAUUCCUGGAUUGAGUAAAAAUUUAUUUAGCAUAGGUGCAGCUUCUACUUUGGGUAUUUUCACCAUGGUCCAAGGCGAUAAAAUGUUGUUUAGUCUUAAUGGCAAUGUGGUUACAAAUAUAAUACGUCACUCAAAUAACACUUAUCGAAUGCUUGCUCGAGUACCAAUAACCAUCGAAGCAAAUAUUGUAGAAGACGACUUUAAGUUAUGGCACGAGCGAGAGACAGUCAAGCUUGGAUUAUUGAAAGACAUCAAAUUACCUGAGAAAGGUGAAUUUGUGUGUGAAGCGUGUAUCUAUGGAAAGUCCAAGAGGCGAUCAUUCAAGUCAUCCGAAAAAACGUACAUAUAG